AUGUUUAAAAUAUUCGGAAUAUUGCUAUGUUUUUUGUUUACCACUCUAUAUUCAUAUCCCAAUCAAUUUCUGUUAAGUGAUAUUAAUUAUAAUUUCGAUGAAGAUUAUAAAUUUGAUGGACAAAAUAAACCAAAUAUCGGAAAUAUAAAAGUUCAAGACAAUGCCAGGUAUUUUGUGCCACUUGGAUGGCCAAUUGUGCUCUCAUGUCCCGCUAAAAACAGAGCUCAUCAACUGGGUUUGGAGUCAGAUGUUUUAUGGUAUGAUGUGCCAUUGUAAGUGAAAUAAUUUUGAUUGAAUAAAAGAAAAUAUACGAAUAAUUUUAGAAAACAAUUGCCAAAUGGGAAAUCAUUCGAUUUUGGACUUGCGAAAAAGGAGGACAAUAAUAUUAUUCGUCAAUGUUGGUUGGACAAAGCAACGUCGAUUAAAGGAAAUGUUCGUAUUAUUGUUCAGAAUUGUACAGCGAGUGCAAAUAAUUUGAAUAACCCGUGAGAAAUUAUUCUAAAGCUGUAUUUCAAAUUAUUGAACAAAAACAAUUUUCAGAUGUCAAUUUGGAUUGUGCUCCGCGACCGAUAAAACAUUAGAAUGUCAAUGUUUUGCUCAAUAUACUGGUUUAUAUUGUGACACUUAUAAGGCUGGUGGAUUUAUCCAUACAAUUAUACCACUUUCAACUCCAUUAAUGUUAGUUGUGGCUAUGAUUGUUAUUAUGAUUUGGAAAUCGUUCAGUGGUGUUGCAAAAAUUAAACAAUUUAUGGAUAUACAAAGGCAUGUUAUAUCAAUGGAUAAACGUAUUAUAACACAUCGACAUCUUUUCCGCGCUGAUUAUUUUACACCUCCAGUUAAAACUAAGGAAGCUGUUGUGUAAGUGAUCUCCUGAUUUCUGGAAUCUAAAAGUCCAUUUCAAAAUAAUUUCAGGCCAAAUGCUAGCAAGGAUGUUACUGUAAAUAAUAUGAAUGCUACUAGCACAACACAAACAGUUGGUGCACAAUCGAUGAAUGUUUCUGCGAUCUCAACUAUAACAACUUCAGUAGCAUCUGCUCCGAUUUCGAAGAAACCUCUAGUCAGAGCACCUAUUCGUAAAUUCGAGGAUUCUAGUAAGAAACCGAGUGUUCCAACUGAAACAACGAAAACUGAAGAAGCUGUUGUUGAAAAGAAGAAGAAAAGUUCGAAGAGCAAGAAGAGCAAAAAGAAAGUAGCAUCAGAAAAAGCGAAAAAAGUGGAGAAAAAGAAAUCAGAAAAGAAGGAGAAAUCAAUAAAAGCAGCCAAAAAGAAAUCGGAAGUCAAAGCGAAAGUGGAAGUUAAAGAAACUGAAAAGACUGUUGUUCCGGAGAAGAAAGAGCUGGAAAAACGAGAUUCAUCAACUAGCAAUACACAUAGUCUAAAGAAGAAGGUUAAUAAUCCAAUUGAUGCUGAAAAGAAACUAGCGGGAAUGAGUUUGGUGGAAAAAGUUGAGGAAAAUAAGGAGGAGGAUAAAAUAACAUCGGAAGAAGCGAAGGAAGCAAGAACACAAGCUCUUGAACGAAAAAAGGAUCGUGAUGCGCAAAAAUCUUUGCGUUGA